AGUACAUGUAGUGAUGGAGCGCUGACUAGGGGGCGCGGCGGCGGAGACGGCGAGGGCAAGGAGGGCUAAUUGGCUGCUGUCUGCGUCCAAGGAGCUUCAAGGGUUUGGAGGACCAGCUGAGGGGAACACGCGGCCGGGCCAGGGCGUCGGGGGCUGCAACUAUGGAGGACCAGCGGGAGGCGCUAAGAAAAAUCAUCACUACCCUGGCCAUGAAGAAUGAGGAGACACAGACCUUCAUCUACUCCCUGAAGCAGAUGUUGCUGAAUAUAGAGGCAAACUCAGCCAAAGUCCAGGAGGAUCUGGAAGCCGAGUUCCAGUCCCUCACAUCGGUUCUGGAGGAACUGAAGGAAUCCAUGCUGAUGAAGAUCAAACAGGACAGGGCCAGCCGCACUUACGAGCUGCAGAACCAGUUAGCUGCCUGCACACGGGCCCUGGAGAGCUCUGAGGAGCUCCUGGAAACAGCCAACCAGACCCUGCAGGCUGCAGAUAGCGAGGACUUCCCUCAGGCCGCCAAGCAAAUCAAAGAUGGCGUGACCAUGGCCCCCGCCUUCCGACUGUCACUCAAAGCCAAGGUCAGCGACAAUAUGAGUCACCUCAUGGUGGACUUCGCACAGGAAAGGCAGAUGCUACAGGCCCUCAAGUUCCUACCUGUGCCCAGCGCCCCCAUCAUCGACUUGGCGGAGUCCGUCGUGGCAGAUAACUGUGUGGCGCUGGUGUGGCAUAUGCCAGAUGAGGACAGCAAGAUUGACCACUAUGUCCUGGAGUACCGCAGGACCAAUUUUGAGGGCCCGCCCCGCCUCAAGGAGGACCAACCCUGGAUGGUUGUUGAGGGCAUCCGGCACACGGAGCACACCUUGACAGGUCUCAAAUUUGACAUGAAAUACAUGAACAUUCGUGUGAAAGCUUGUAACAAGGCGGUGGCUGGUGAAUUCUCCGAGCCGGUGACCUUAGAGACACCAGCAUUCAUGUUCCGCCUGGACGGGUCCACAUCUCACCAGAACCUGCGAGUGGAAGACCUCUCCGUUGAGUGGGACGCCAUGGGCGGGAAGGUUCAAGAUAUCAAGGCUCGAGAGAAAGAGGGCAAGGGAAGGACAGCGUCCCCUGUAAACUCUCCAGCCAGAGGGACUCCAUCUCCCAAGAGGAUGUCCUCAGGUCGUGGGGGCCGGGACCGGUUCACAGCUGAGUCUUACACGGUGCUGGGGGACACGCUGAUUGACGGUGGGGAGCACUACUGGGAAGUGCGCUUUGAACCAGACAGCAAAGCCUUUGGCCUGGGUGUGGCCUACCGAAGCCUAGGCCGCUUCGAGCAGCUGGGCAAGACGGCUGCAUCCUGGUGCCUGCAUGCCAACAACUGGCUGCAGGCCAGCUUCACUGCCAAGCAUGCCAACAAGGUCAAAGUGCUAGACAGCCCUGUGCCUGACUGCUUGGGUGUGCACUGCGACUUCCACCAAGGCCUCCUGUCUUUCUACAAUGCCCGAACCAAACAGCUCCUGCACACCUUCAAGGCCAAGUUCACGCAGCCUCUGCUUCCAGCCUUCACCGUGUGGUGUGGAAGCUUCCAGGUGACCACAGGCCUGCAGGUGCCCAGUGCAGUGCGCUGCCUGCAGAAGCGGGGCAGUGCCACUAGCAGUUCCAAUACCAGCCUCACCUAGGCCAGGCCACCUGCCAGCCGGGGCACUUCAGCUCAGCUUCACCUCUCUGCUGCUUGGAGCCUUAACUCUGGAAGGGAGGGUCAGGGUUCCCUUCCCACCUCACUUCAUAAUAAAGAGAAAACACUGGC